CUACAUUGGUACUAACCUGACAUACCCCAGAGUCCCGUGCUCUAUCACGAUAACUUGCAAUCGAACCUCGGUCACUCCACGCGAAAUCUUGUUCGCUAUAAGCAAUCCUCAUGUCCUGCUCCCUUUCAAACUAGAUCUGGCAUUCACGCAAUGGAAGCAUCACGCUCGUCAUCCACAUCCCGGCCACGACGUUCCUAUCCCAACCUCCACAACCUUUCCCUCGCACCCCUCAGCUCCAAAUACCCACUCGACGCCUCCGCACCACCCACUCCAGACGAAGACCUAGGCGGCGCGCGCACACCACGCACAUCCUACAUCGCGCAGAAAUCCGCACCAACAACACCCGGCAUCCUCAGCCUAAGCCAGAGCAGAAGCACAUCUCGCAAUGGUCGCCGCCAGAAAACCUACGCCUACGACAGCUACUUCAUCACCGAAAGAGAAGACGUGAGAGACGCAGGCGACAUCCCCAAAGCGAAGAGCACGAAUACCCUACACCCCGGGGUGUCUUUCGCUGAGCCGACAGGACAGUUGGAACACAAAAGACACCAUACACGGAAACACACGGCGCCAUUGCCUCUACGCAUGCCACUCCACCGCCACCACACGAGCGAAGGUAACGACGAGUGGUUACACCGCGCAGGCCUCGUCAUAGCGGGCGAGACAAGAGAUGCGCGGGGACAGGGCUGGUUGGCGCGGAAAGAGAGUUCAACGUCGCUUGUUAGUUCUGUGGACCCGCCGGAGCCGCGUGAGAGAGAUGCACGGCAUAUUGCGAGGCUAUCAGGUGAACCGGGGGAUUUUGGGGAUUUCUCUACUUUUUCACCGCGGGUCAGUAGGGCGGGGAGUAGACUGCAGUCAAGAGUUGGCAGUCGUGUACCUAGUGCUCGACAGAGUCGAAGGGGUUCGCGUGUAGGCUCGCGCAUUGAUCUGGUCAUGUCUGGGCUCCCUUCUACGCGGCAGAGUCUGGACAUGGAGGUCGAGGAGUCGCCCAUCGAGCCUGAUUUCGUUGAAGCAGAUGAGGCAGAAGGUCCAGAUGACGAGGAAGAAGUCGCUCGCCUAGCACGAGAACGUGGAUUCGGUCUCGGUGGGUGGAUGGACGCGCUGAUUGGGUGGACACUGUUCUCUGUGGACGAAGACGGCGAAGUGUCGUCUGACGAGGAAGAACAACAGUCAACAAGUCUGACAAAGGACGAAGCGAAGCUAAUGCGAGAAGUCGAGGCGAAGAGGAGGAAGAUGGAGCGCGAGAGUAUCAUUGCUGCGAGUGCGCUGAAGGUGCAAGACAAGACUGGUGAAGAGGGUGGGGAGGUCAAGAUCAAUGUGCCCAAACCGCCGGAGGGGCAGGAGGCGGAUGGGUGGCAGGAUGCUGCUUGGCUGCUAAGUGUGGCGAGCAAGGCGUUGUUCUAGAUGGUGUCGCCGACUUCCCUUCUUCAUUGCGUUCUAGCGAAGUUGAAAUACCGACAAUGCGAAGCUACUACGUAAGGCCAAUUG